CAGGGCGAGGAAAAUGGCGGCUCCGGCCCCAAGGCGGGCGCUGUGCUCCAUAAACUCCCGGGAGCCGGCCCAGGUCAUCUUUUGCAACCGCAGCCCGCGCGUCGUGCGCCCCUUGUGGCUCAACUUCGAGGGCGAACCGCUGCCGUACCCCACGCUGCCCCCCGGCACGGGCCGCCGCAUCCACAGCUUCCGAGGUCACCUUUGGCUCUUCAGAGAUGCGGGCACGUAUGAUGGGCUGCUGGUGAACCAGACAGAGCUUUUCAUGCCUUCUCUCAAUGCAGAUGGUCAGCCCAUCUUUGCCAACAUCACACUGCCAGUGUACACCCUCAAAGAGCGCUGCCUCCAGGUCGUCCGAAGUCUGGUCAAGCCCGAACAUUACAGAAGCCUGGACAUUGUGCGGUCCCUCUACGAAGACCUGGAAGACCACCCGAACGUGAGGAAGGAUCUGGAGCGACUCACUCAGGAGCACCUCAAUAGCCAGAGGGAGGAAGAAGAGGAGCCACCCGAUGGUCACUGAAACUGGGCUAGGCCUGUGCUAGGAACUUGGCUGUCCUGAGCCACGAGGGCUCCAGCUUGGAGCGAAAACUCCUCCUGUACUACAAAGGGCGAUAACUAACCAAAAAGGCCCUGGGACAUUUUAGGGCUGGGGGUCCGCCAAAUAGCACAUGCCAUGCAUGCUUGAGACCUAGGAUGUGUUACUAACUUGGUGGAAAAAAAAACACAUAAUGUGAA